CCCCUUCCCUGCUCAGUGUCUGGCGGCGGCUGCGGCGCCGGUGCGGGCGGAGGGGCGCAGGGAGGGCGGCCCGUUCGCUCGCUCGCUAAGAUGGCGGCGGCGGCGGCGGCGGCCGUGGCCCGGCUGGAGGGCCGUGAGUUCGAGUACCUGAUGAAGAAGCGCUCGGUGACCAUCGGCCGCAACUCGUCGCAGGGCUCGGUGGACGUGAGCAUGGGCCACUCCAGCUUCAUCUCCCGGCGCCACCUAGAGAUCUUCACCGCUGCCCCCCCCGCCGCCACCGGCCGGGGCGGACGGGCCGCGCCGCCUCAGGGGGACGCCGCCGCCGGUGGCGGGGACUUCUACCUGCGCUGCCUUGGCAAGAACGGGGUCUUCGUGGACGGCGUGUUCCAGAGGCGGGGGGCGCCCCCGCUGCAGCUGCCCCGAGUAUGUACUUUCAGGUUUCCCAGCACAAACAUCAAGAUAACAUUCACAGCUCUGUCCAAUGAAAAGAGAGAAAAACAGGAGUCCCCAGAGUCUCCAGUGAAACCUGUGCAACCCCAGAUCUCUCCCUUAACAAUAAACAUUCCAGACAACAUGGCUCACCUGAUCAGCCCUCUCCCUUCUCCCACAGGAACUAUCAGUGCUGCAAAUUCCUGCCCAUCUAGCCCGCGUGGUGCAGGCUCUUCAGGGUACAAAAUGAGUCGUGUAAUGCCAUCUGACCUACAUUUAAUGGCUGACAAUUCACAGUCAGAAAACGACAAGGAAGCAUCGGGUGGUGAUAGCCCAAAGGAUGACUCAAAACCACCUUAUUCCUAUGCACAACUAAUAGUACAAGCAAUUACAAUGGCACCUGAUAAGCAGCUUACACUAAAUGGAAUUUAUACGCACAUAACUAAAAACUAUCCAUACUACAGAACAGCAGACAAGGGCUGGCAGAAUUCAAUACGCCACAAUCUCUCUCUGAAUCGUUAUUUCAUCAAAGUACCACGUUCCCAGGAAGAACCAGGCAAAGGCUCAUUCUGGAGGAUAGACCCUGCCUCUGAAAGCAAAUUAAUAGAGCAGGCUUUUAGGAAAAGGCGGCCUAGGGGAGUACCUUGCUUUAGAACCCCUCUGGGACCACUCUCUUCUAGAAGUGCCCCAGCUUCUCCUAAUCAUUCUGGAGUGUUGUCUGCCCACUCCAGUGGCGUACAGACCCCAGAGAGUUUGUCAAGGGAAGGAUCUCCAGUCCCAAUGGAACCUGAGUCUAGUGCUAUCCAGCCAAAAUUAGCAGUAAUACAAGAAGCACGAUUUGCACAGAGUGCCCCAGGAUCACCUCUAUCUAGCCAACCUGUUUUAAUUACUGUACAACGGCAGCUACCACAAACUAUUAAACCCGUCACCUACACUGUUGCAACUCCUGUGACAACAUCAACAUCCCAGCAGCCUGUAGUUCAGACAGUUCAUGUUGUUCACCAGAUACCAGCUGUGUCGGUCACAAAUGUGACUGGAUUAGCACCAGCAAACACUUACACUGUAGCUGGACAGGCAGUGGUUACACAAGCUGCAAUGCUAACCCAGCCCAAGGUAGAACCUCAAGAGAAUGGAGACCACAAGGAAGUAAAAGUUAAAGUGGAACCUAUACCUGCUAUUAGCCAUGCUACAAUAGGAGCUGCUAGUCGUAUCAUUCAGACAUCUCAGACCACGCCCUUACAGACAGUUACUAUAGUGCAACAGGCACCUCUAGGUCAACACCAGCUACCAAUAAAAACUGUAACCCAGAAUGGAACGCACAUAGUACCUAUCACCACAGCGAUACAAGGACAGGGCAACACUGCUGCUGCAAGUCCUUUGCAUAUGUUAGCAACCCAUGCAUCCGCAUCAGCAUCUCUUCCAACAAAACGCCAGAAUGGAGACCAGUCAGAACAACAGGAACUUAAACGUAUCAAAACAGAGGAUGGAGAAAGCAUAGUCAUAGCUGUUAAUGUGGACACCCCAUCUGUUGCAGUGAGUGAUCAAGGCAGCCAGAACUAGAAGCUUAGUGGAGUUUUCUUUUUUCUUUUUCUUGGGGGAAAAAAAAAAAAUCAACUCCAUGGUGCCAAAAGGAGACACUUAAAUAUAACACCUAAAACAUUGGAACAUGUUCUCACGCAGUGGGGAAAGGGGCCCUGUGAUCAGACUUCAACUUUCAGCACUGAAAAAACAACACAGGUGGCCUUAAAACUCAAUAAUUUAAAAAAAUCAAACUGCAAAACAUCUUGUUCCAGAGGCUGUGACCCUGCUCCUCCCCACCCCCUACUGAACUAACUCUGUGUACACUGAGGAGAAAUCCAGUGUUGGGGAGGUCCGCAGCUUUAUAAAAUCUUUAUUGGAUUAUUUUAAGGACUGAGUAUCUCAGUGUAAUGGCAGCAUGAUAAGCGCUUAGUGUGAACUGGUUUCAAACGAUUGUAUAUUCCUUAAAGGGAACAGAGGCAAGGAGCCAUUUCCUACAUCUUGGCAGCUAGCCUUUCAUAAUGACCUACCCAAUGCAGUUGUUGGUAGAUAUGCAGUAUUUUGUUGUUCACAUGUGGAAUUAGAAAUUUUUGAGGUGUAUUUUCAUUUCUUUGCAAAAUAAUGGGGUCUUCGACAUUUCAAAUCACUCCAUUUCUACUCCGGAAACUUUGGAAUCACACAAUACUUUUCAUGUGAAAUUUUGUUUCGUAAAAAACUGAAUGUAGGGUUUUUUUAACCAAUGGAAUGAUUUACUUUUGUCUGUUCUGUUAAAGUUCAGAUAAAGCUACUUUAUUACAUCUGCAAAUUUUCAUAUUUUAGCAGUUGCCUGAUAAAUUUAAUCAAAUUUUAUUACCAUGUGUAGUGAUCAAAUGCUUCUUCGGGCUUGCAUGUAACUGAUUAGAAAUUACAAUGUAAAUGAGCCGUUAACUGACGUAAAGAACUGCUAUGAAUUUGACCAGAGCUGCACUUACCUGUUUCUCUUUCUUGCUACCUUUUGCUGUUUGUUACUUUGUGUUGACUUUGACUGUCCCUGGUAUAUUUUUCCAGUCGAAAGUAAAACAAGAGUCUCGCUUAAUAUUGUGUAUGUUUAAGAUAACAGACUGUUCUUCAUUUAGAAAAGAUAAAAUUCUUUAUCACAAGUCCUUUUAAAAAGAGAGUAAAAAAUUAUCUUGUCAGAGGUAUAUUCAGUAUUUUUAAGCUUAAGCACCCAUCUGUAGAAAUUAAUCUGACCAGUUUAUCCAUAAAACUUUCGAUGUCAUACACUGACCCUCUGGGGUCUCCAUUAAGAGUAGCUGUUGUGGUUUUCUAACAGUGGCUACCAUAUUAUUAUAAUAAAAGUUUGUUUUUUUUUAAAGUGUGUGUUCUGCGGUUGAACAGUUUAAAAUGUAUUGGUAAUUAUUCACUUUAAUUGUGGUAAUAGAUUCCACCUUACAUUUCCAAAUUAAACUAAAAGUUUAGGUGGCUGUUCAGUCUUUAAUUCACAUAAUGUCUUGUUCCUUCAUACAGCGAGGUGAGUGAAGGCUGGAGAGUGGGUUUAAACUUUGAAUUCCAGUUUGUUACUUUCUGUUAUUAUGCCAUUAUUUAUAUAAAUAUUUGUUUUCCAUUUCAAAAAGAAAAAUCUGUAUUUUCAUGAUGGACUGAAAUGGCUUAUAUUUAGGCAGCUUUAGGAAACUCUAUAUACCUGAAGACCAAAUUGAGAAAUCUGUACUAUCAUGUUAAUCCACAAAAUGGAGCUGUUACAAUGUCAAUGCAGAUAAUACAUAUUAAAAAUUAUGAAAAAUACUGUACACUAGCUGAGUUUAUAAGAGGCAUUUUUAAAAAAUCCAUGAUGUAAAACUCCAGAAUGUUACUCAAAGUGUUAAUGGGAGUUUUAAAAAAAUGUAGAACAAUAAGCGUCCCUCGAUAGUAAUCUGGUUUUUGUUAUCGGACACUUCAUAAUUUAUACACAGCCAUGUAGAUUUAAUUUAAAAUCAAGGCAGUAGUUGGAUAUAAACCUACUGAUUAGAACUUGGUUUAUAUUCAGAAGUGAGUCUGUUCACAACUAGAAAUGAGUGAAUGAGUGAAAUCUUUUUAAUAAAUGUUAAAUUAUUCAAAAUAUGUCACUAAAUUAAGUCUAACAGUUACUCAACAAGUGUGUUUAUGAAGCGUUCACUUAGGUGUGCUGCUUGUCAGAGUUUAUACUGGCCGUGCCAAUAUAGUUGCUAAUAGCAGAGCAAGUGGUGACUUGGUCCUGAAUGUUUAAGCAGACAAAGGCUGUGCUGGCAUACUCUUCCUGAUCCCACGAGUAUGGAACAGAUUUGGCACUAACUCUCUCAUACCCUGAAGGUUCUGCAAAUGGAAAUUUGGUAGCAGAUCUUGACUAAAACCAAUUUUAGCCACCUGGAGUUUGUCACAGGAAUUUGCCUUCAUUAAAGGAGAUAAAUCCUGUGCAUGAACACUGUGGGAUAUAUUUUUCUUUUAAUGUGUGGGUUUCCAAGCAGUCUUUAAAAAUACUCAAGUACAAAAAUGCAUAACCUCUUCCACGGAUGCAGUACAGGAUUUAACUACUUAAAAUUCAUUCGUAAAUGAAUUGACAAUGUCAGGUUAUUUUUAAAUCAAACUGUUCCUUUGGUAGUUCAAUAUAUUAUACUCUGCUUAAUGUCAAACACAUUUGGUGGUAGAACUGAGUCAGAGUAGAAUCUCACAGCCACCUUGCUUUGGCUUUGACUGACCAAAAACUUGCCCAAAUGUGCCAUAAAUAUGGGGGUUUGGCCUCCGUCUAAUAGUGAUUGGUCUUUGAUCCAGUUGCCUCUUAUGACUGUGAUGUACUGUAUUAUGCUAACUACCUUCCCUUGGAUUCCUUCCAGUGUCCAUCUCUCCUUUUUAACCCUGCUUUUACGAAAAAGGCUGUGAAAGUGUCUAAUAUAAGCAACCCAGCUUGUAGUACUCUAAAUGGGAUUUGACCAAAGCAUUUUAUAACUUCACGCCUUAUUUAGAGCUUGUUUACAAUUGGCUCUAACUUUGCUGAUUCAAAUAUGGAAGAUUAAAGUGUUCACUAGCACCCAGUGCUAGUCUGUGUCUUGCUCUUAUUCUGACUUCCCUGUGAGAUGAGACUCUUUAUGGCAAUGUCUCCAAAACCCCACCUCUCCAAGGAGAAGACUAGCUUUUAUGAAAUUGGGGUGGAGUGGGUGGUGGCACUCACUCCAGACAGCAAGACUUUAACCGAAGCCCCUGGGAGAUAGGAUCCUCUUUUAGACCUUGAACAAGAAUAUUCUCAGGCCUCUCCUCGUGCGGGCCACAUUCAGAGCCCAAUACAACCAGAAAGGACUGCUGCUACAGUGGGACAAAACACUCAUUUUUUUUCUAGUAAGUGAAGUUAUCUGAAUGUUGAGCCCUCACACAGAUUUUUGUCUGUUUGUCACUUUGCAUAAAUGCACAACAGUUUACUAUUACACUGUUCUUGAUUUCACUGAUUUAGGUACAGCAGCCUGUACUAACCACAAGGAUAUCUGUGAAAGUGCUUGGGUGAGUAAAUCACUUUCCAGUUUAGAUUACUAGACAGAAGAGAAAAUAGGGAUGAGAGAUUUUUUUCAAUUUUCAUUGUUUUUGUUCCAGAGUGAAAUGAUUUAAAUCACCAAUUUUAAUCCUGAUUAAAAUCAGAAAGUAGGAAGUCUUGAUUUAAGUAUCAGUUUUGUACUUCAGUCAUUUUUCUAGAGAUGUUGAUUCUCAUUGGAUGUUAACCAUUAAACAUGUAGAUUUGCAACUAAACACAUUCUUCACACUAAAUUUGGUACUACUUUUUGCUCACCAAGAAGAUAAAGUAUAUUUAUACAAACAAUUAUAUAGCUUAACAUACAUUUAUUCAGAUUUUUUAUUGUUCCAAAAUGGUGAAUGAUGCAUUUAUUUAGUAGAUUAAUUUUUUACUUGUGAUUUGUGUCAGUCUGCAAAUGGAUGGAAGUUGGAAUUCAAUCAAAAAUGCACAUAAACAGCAACUUCAAAUUGUUUUUAUUAAGUAAACCUACCUUAAAUGUGCUGGACACAAAAGGGGAAACAGGGUUACCAAAAACCUUUUGAAUUUGUGUAGUGAGUGAAUUGAACUGAUUUGUUUCUGGUAGUCAUGUCUUGGAUAUUUAUCUCAUUUUUAUUCAUAAAUUGGAAGAAAAAAACAAGCUUUCCUUCUGCUUUAACUUACAGCUGCUUGCUUAGUUUUGAAUGAACUAGUCAUUGAACUGAAAUGAAAACAUUCUGAACCUGCAGAAGAUGAUACUGCUAUCGAAAACCAGAUUAGUGUUUCAGCAACCUGAUUCUGGGUGUUGGUCAGUUUCAUCCAGCAGUUUGGCUUUCUUUAAUUUAGAGUUCAAUAGAUUACAGUAAAUCUAGGCCUUAAUAUAAAUUGCUAUAAUUUUAAAUUUAUUUCUAAAAUCUAAAUCAGAUUAGUAUGAUCUCCCCUGGUUGGUUCAUUGAUUGGAGGUGCAGGGACAAUAUUUAUUUCCUUUCAUUCUUGUGCUGAAACUGUAAGAAAAACAGUAGUAUUCAAAGCAUCGCAGUUGAAGAAGAGUGUGGGAAACCUUGUUACCUUCUCAUUUUGAAAGGAGACCUAUUGGAAAUGUGAGUACCCACUUGGAAGAAAAUUAAUUCUUACUGAUCCUUUUAUGGUGUGACUCUUGCUGUUAGCAAAUGUGUAGAAAUUUCACUGAAGAAAUUGAAUUGGGAACUCCCUGUCACUGUAUUUAUUGUACUGGCUAACAAUUUUUCUUUUCAGGAUUUUGGACUGUCUUGUAGAUGUUAAGAUGGUGUCAGAGCAUUUCCUGUUCUCUGAAGUUGUAAUGGGUCUGCAAUGUCUUCUGGAUUAAGAGUAUACAUGUGCUUUUGAUCAGCAAUAGAUUAACAUCUGUGGGUCUUGCCAACACUAUGGCAACCAAUACAUAACCUCCUCAUCAAGUCAAGAAGGCCCCCUUAUCUAUUAUCAGCUUUAUGAGCUAGCUAUAUUUCUGGGAGAAUUCUGCACUUCUCUGUGUGCACAUAAUUAAUGAGCCCCAUAGAUUUUUUUUUUUUU